GCCAACCUACUCAAAGAAGAGAGAUAAGGUCUGCAAAACUCCAUUGUUACCAUCCAUACACGCACCAAGAACAAGGGAGGAAGAAGGAAGGAAAAAGAGAAGAUAAAAGACGGGUUUUGAUGGAAAAAACUUGUGAUUAAUAAGGUAUUACAAGAACUUUCACGGAGUCGAAAGGGUCGCUGGAGUUGUCGCCGGAGUUCGUUGAAGUUCACCAGAGUUGUCGUCGGAGUUCGUUGAAAUUCGCCGGAGUUUCGCCAUAGCUCAAUAAGGGAGGCUAGAACUUCAUAAGCUUCGUUUAAGAAAAAGAAAUUGUUGUUGCAAUAGAAGCCGGAACUCUGAAGCUGAAGCUCCUGGAGAGGGGAAACUAUGGGCGCAGGUGUUGAAACUCCAGAAACUCUUACUUCUUCUUAUGUUUCGCCUUCUCAAUCUGAGAGUUGGAAGGAGCGGAUUCUCAUCCCUACUAUACUCGCAGGGAUCGCUGGAGGAGGAGCUGGAUUAUUUUCAAAACAUCGUAAAGUUCACGGCCUUGCUAAUAUUAGCGCUACUUAUGCUUCCAAUUUAGCCAUCGUUACGGGUUGUUAUUGUGGGGCUCGUGAGUUUGUAAGAGCAAGUAGAACUGGAAAACCUGAUGACUUGUUGAACUCAGCACUUGGAGGUGUUGGUAGUGGUGCUAUUUUAGGAAGGCUUCAAGGUGGAAAACAUGGUGCUAUUCGUUACUCUGUCAUAUUUGCUGUUGCGGGAACAUCUGUUGAUUUUGCCACUCUAAAAUUGAAACCCAUCUUGAGAAGAUUCUACAACUCUGCAAUUGACAGUAAAGACAGCUGGUUGAGGGUUCCGGAGUGGUCACCUAUAAAAGUACUUGAUGAAGAUGCCCUUGCGGUAAAACGCGCACGUGAACAAGAAAUCUACAAGAGAGUUCAUAGUAUUAGUAAUUUGAACAAAGAAAAAUCUUGAGACCAGACAUUUUUUGUUAUGUAUACUGUCCAGUGUGCACUUCGUAUUUUACUUGUGAGUUGGAUAACAUGAUAGAGUCGAUUCUUGCAUGGGCAAAUAAUGUAUUUGAUGAAAAGAAGACUUACCCUUAUAUAUCCUUGUGAUUAGACCCUUUGCAUCUUUGCGGGACCUUCCCAUUGCGGGAACGUGUAUGCGCUUCUUUGACUAAAGCAAAAUUGCUUACAACUAGGACUAAAGCAAU